CUCGUCUGUUUAACAUUCACUGCGCACUAAGCGUCCCCCACCAAAGGCGGUUCUCAAAUCUCGUCGUUGUUUUCCAUUGAGUUUAACCGGUUUUAUAUUUUUGUAUCGCCUCCACUAAACGUCCAUAUUCUAAACUACAGUUCAGUCCAUUCCAUAUUUAGAAUAACGUUGUUUUACUUAUACUAAACAAAAUAUAUAUAUAAAAUGGCGAAAUUAGUAAUUUUGUUUGCGUGUUUUGCAGUUUUUAACGCUGUGAGUGCUUUAGAUUGUUAUACUUGCGAUACCGAAACCUGCAAAAAAGAAAUGAAAUUAUGGGACAAAUUUACAUGUGGUAAAGUUGCCGAUCAAAGUCUAGAAGCAGUUUGUCAAAAAGUCGUAUUCAAAGAUAAGGAUGGUAAGGAAGGCGUACAAAGAAAAUGUGUAACUGUACCUAAAACCGGAAAUGAUAACAAUUGCCCCACUAUACCUGGAGCUACCGAUAUUAAAUGUACAGUUUGUAAAACGGAUUUAUGUAACUCCGCAGCGACUGUCAAAUUUAGUUUAACGGCUGUAGUUGGAAUCUUUUUAGCCUUUUUGGGCCAAAAAUACUUGUUGUAAAUAUUUAAUCUUCCUCACGUGUCGUGUUAAAAAAAUAAGUUUGAAAUAUACGUGUCAAAAAUUUAAAUUUGUGAAUGGUACUUUUAAAUUUGGAAUUUGUCAGUAAUAAAAUGUCAUAAUGUACAAGUAUUAGUACCUCAAUGUAGUUUGUGUAACGCUUGUUUUAAUUUUGUAUAUUUAAAUAAAUAUUUCUUGUUCUACUUUUUUGUGAAGUUUAUGACGUUGGUAAUUUAUAAAUUUACUUAAAUAAACAAUAAAUCCAU